AGCAGAUGAAGCAGUUGCAAUUAUCGACAGGAGCUACAACAUUCGCAGCGAAUACUGGUUUCUCCAGAACAUCAAGAAACAACAAGAACUCGACCCUGUCCGGUGAAGCGGUAUCUUCUCUUUUACUCUCGUUUGUCAAGUCGAACAUGCCGCUGCAAACUUUUCUCCGGUGGAUGCAGAAACCGCUGAAGCACCUGCACGGCAAUUACACGUCCUACCAACUCGCAUUGCUGUGGUCCGCACUGGCGAAAUUGAAAACGAAGAACAAGCCACUGUUUAAACUGCUCCGGAAAGAGGUCAAGCCGAUGAUCCCGCAAAUGUCGUCGAAAUCUUUAAUCAUCCUGGCCUCCUUAUCCAAGAAAAAAACUGUGUUAGUGUAAGUCUUUUGGGAAAACUGCAUCACAAGUUCGCCUGCCAUGACAAAAACUUGUUAUGCACAGAUAGUAAGGGAAAACACAUAAGAAGCGAGCCGAUCAAUAACUGUUUUGCACUUUCUGCAUCACAGAUUUACACUUACACAGUUUUUUUCUUGCAUACUCCUCCCUCGCGAAAACGAACAAUUACGAUCGGUUUCUGAUGCGGCAGAUUUCCAAGAUGUGCCAGAUCAGACUGCUAGAUUUCGAAGCGGUUGAUUUGAUGCAGUUGUUGACUGCGUUUUCCGAGCUGCAAUUCCGCGAGGCGAAGUUUCUCCGGAUGCUGGCGGUGACUUUUCUGAAGAAGAUGCAGGACCAGGGGAAAGAUUCCUUCCCGCCGGGAAUGAUUUGCGCGUGUGUCCGCGCGUACGCGAACCUGCGGGUGCGGCACCCGGACUGGUUUUUGACCUGCUUGUCCUUCGUGAACGAGAAGGAAAAUUUGGAGAAACUCACGGAAAAGGAAGCGGUGAAUUUGUUGCACGCCUUGGCGUUGAAUUUGAUUUCCGACCAAGUUUACGUGCAACAUCUGGAAGCGCACAGUGCGCAGUGGCAAGUAGUAGAUAAAAGCGAAGGUGGUGGCAGUAGACACUACAAAAGCGGCGCAACAUCAGAUCGUGAAGUUGACCACGACAGCGAAGAGGGUAAAAGAAGAGGGCGGCACAGUAGUUCUCAAAGGACCACGAGCAGAACAGACGUCAACAAUCUGCUCAAGAAUGCUUCGUUUGUGGCGAAAAACCGGAUCCAGAUCACGAAUGAGAACAUCAUCCUGAUCAACAACUUGCUGCACAAAGCCAUCGAGCACCGGAAGAAGCUGAAGUACCAGUCGAUCUUCCAACUGCAGAUUUUCGAGCUGUUUUUCAAGUACCUUUGCGACGAACACCACUACAAAUUCGAUUUAACCUUCGAGGCGAAGGAGUUUCUGCGGAAAGCCCGGCACGUCCAACUCACCGUGGAUGAUUACCUUCCAAACUCCUCCAAAAUGCACAGAACCGUGUCCACGUACCUGCAGCAGGUCGGGCUGCCGCACCGGUCCGAGGUGCAGUUGGGGCCGUACGCGUUGGACAUCGUGAUUGGAAAGCAGUUCGUUUUGGAGAUCGACGGGCCGAGCCACUUUUUCCGCGAGACGAACACGAGAUUACCCGGGUCCUUGCUGAAACACUCCUUGUUGAGUGUCUUGGGCUUCAACGUCCGCCACCUCGCUUGGCAAACGUGGUUGCAGUGCAGCUCGAAAAAGCGAAAGUUGUUGUAUGCGGCGUCUCUGUGGCGGGAGGUGCUGAAAAGUACUGGUGGGGGUGAGGUUUUGAGGAAAGUGAGAACAGCGCCACCAGCAGGAGUAGAGACGAUGAAUAGUAAGACCCUCUCGUCGACGUCGGCGAAGGCGAAAGAAGAAGGUCCAUUUGUUGAGCUACCUCUGGCCAUUGCGUCCUCCGCAGAUCUUCCAGCUUGUGCGGACAAUGCUGCGGAAGGAAACUCAGAUGAAGAUGAUCCAACUGACGAGGUGGUGUCCGAAAGAAAAGUAGACGGAUCCUCGUCGGCACACUUCUCAUCUUCUAGUGCGCUGCAGGUCCACGACAGUGAACUUCAGGCCCUUUAUGAUCCUGUUGCGGGCGACGAAAAAGAAAGUGGAACUGAAGAUUUUCCAGCACAAGAACUUGCAACCAAAGAAAAAGAAGAAGACCUUCAACUGGAAAAAGUGAAAACGACGAGAUCCGACACGAAGUUGCUCAGACCAGACGGUAUGUUCAGCCCUGAAGAUGUGAACUUUCUGCAGUCCCCAGAAAUGACCGAUGUUUUGGAUUUGGUGAACCAGCAGCGGCAAAGCGAAAUCGGGGAGAUCAUUUUAGGUGCUGACAGUAGCAGCAGACUAGGAGAUUGUUGUACCAGUUCAGGUCGGAAAAGAAAUUCGGAUGUGGACGAACAAGAAAAGCAGCUGUCCGCACAAUUGCUCAGUUUGAAGAAAGGACGACUUUUCGACAAAGCCGGCGACUACGCUGCGAAAAAGCGGUUACCGGAAGCGACGGCAACCAGAUUGCAGUCGGUUGUUACGGAUAUGCGAAUUUUGAACGAAGACGCGAUGGAGGAGGAGAUUGAGGAUCCCUUUGCCGGGGCGGAUAAGAUAGCUGGUCGCGUGUAGCAUUGGCACUUCGGAACUUCAAAUCUAACGACAGACAUAGACACGCGUCUCCUUCUUGCUGAAAAGUACAUCUAACGAAAUGAACCGGCAGCGCACGCGUUUUGAAAAUGAACAAGGCUGAGCUUGCAUUCCGAAAUCAAUGCGCUGUGGCAGAAUGACCAUCCUUGGUUCGUUUGCGUUUUCAGUGUAAAAAUGUUUUGAGAAGCCAAGUGAAUUUGUCUUGGAUGUAAGUCGUUUUCUUGCUCCC